UCUACUACACUCCCCACACAAAAUUUCACAUCCAAAUACAAUGAAGAAAUUUGCGGUUAAGGUAGAAGAGGGAAGGAAAAGGCAAGACCAGAAACCGGCUGUCGGUCCGAUCUAUCGGAAUUCUCUUGACAAAGAUGGGUUCCUUCCCCUUGACCCCAGUUCCUCCACAACCUGGGACUUGUUCAGAGCAUCGGUGGAGAAGAAUCCCGCAAAUAAGAUGCUGGGCUGGCGGGAGUUUUCAGGUGGCAAGUUUGGGGGAUAUGUGUGGAAGACUUACAAGGAAGUUUACGAUGAAGUUUUGGCAGUUGGAUCUGCACUACGCUCUUUAGGAGCCGAACCGGGCUGUCGAGUUGGGAUUUAUGGAUCGAACUGCCCUCAAUGGAUCGUCGCAAUGGAGACCUGCAGUGCCCACAGUCUCAUUUGUGUUCCCCUCUAUGAUACUCUUGGGGCUGGAGCUGUUGAGUUUAUACUAGAUCAUGCAGAGGUUGAAUUUGUGUUCGUCCAGGAUAAAAAAUUGAAACAACUAUUGACAGACCGUGAUCGUAAGCUGACACAUGAAAAGCGACUGAAAUUAAUUGUUAGUUUCAGUUCAGUGACAAAAGAAGAAAAGGAGGAUGGAGGUUCUAGAGAUAUUUUAGUGUAUUCAUGGACUGAUUUCCUUCAUUUGGGAAAAGAGAGGUCGAUAGAGAUUUUUCCUCCUCGACCAAUGGACAUAUGCACGGUAAUGUACACAAGUGGAACAAGUGGAGAACCGAAAGGUGUGAUAUUGACGCAUGAAAACAUUACAACUUGUAUAAGAGGCUUGGACAUCUUUUUGGACCAAUUUGAAGAUAAGAUGACGGUUGAAGAUGUCUACAUAUCAUUCCUUCCAUUGGCCCACAUUCUUGAUCGUUUGAUUGAAGAGUUUUUCUUUAGGAAGGGCGCUUCGGUUGGGUACUUUCAUGGGGACAUAAAUGAGCUUAAAGACGAUUUGAUGGAGUUAAAGCCGACGUUCCUUGCAGGUGUCCCCAGGGUUUUUGAAAGAAUACACCAAGGUGUUUUGAAGGGAGUUGAAGAGCUUAACCCAAGGAGGAGGAAAAUAUUUGAGCUUCUCUUCAAUUACAAGCGUUACUGGAUGAAUAAAGGUUUCAAACAGAAAAAUGCAUCCUGGUUGGCUGAUUUGUUGGCUUUCAGAAAGGUAAAGUCGAGAUUAGGAGGUCGGGUUCGAUUGAUAGUAUCCGGAGGGGCACCAUUAAGCACCGAAGUUGAAGAAUUCUUGCGUGUCACCUCUUGUGCUUUCGUGGUACAAGGCUACGGUUUGACGGAAACAUGCGGUUUAUCUAGUGUGGGUUUUCCCGAUGAAAUGGCCAUGAUGGGAGCAGUCGGUCCGCCGUUUGUCUACACUGAGUUUCGACUAGAAGAAGUACCUGAAAUGGGUUACGACCCAUUUGGAGAUCCUUCCCGAGGCGAGAUCUGCGUAAGGGGAAAAUCAUGCUUCUCCGGUUACUACAACAACCCCAAGUUAACAAAUGAGGUCUUCACUGACGGUUGGUUUCAUACCGGCGACAUAGGAGAGAUGCAGGCAAACGGAGUCAUUAAAAUAAUUGAUAGGAAGAAGAACUUGAUUAAGCUUUCCCAAGGAGAGUACGUUGCAGUUGAAUAUCUCGAGAAAGUCUAUUCAAUCACCCCUAUUAUAGAAGAUAUAUGGGUGUAUGGAGAUAGCUUCAAGUCAAUGCUGAUAGCUAUAAUUGUACCGAAUGAAGAGAACACUGUGAAAUGGGGAAAUGAAAAUGGCUACAAAGAAUGCAAUUUCUCGCAAUUGUGUUCACUUGAACAGCUACAUGACCAUGUUCUCGAGGAAUUGAAGUCAACCGCUGCCAGAAACAAGCUGAGAGGAUAUGAGUAUAUAAAAGGAGUCAUCCUCGAAUUUCGACCAUUUGAUGGAGAGAAUAGCGAAUUGGUCACACCAACCCUCAAAAAGAGAAGAGAUAAGAUGUUUAAUGCUUACAAGGCGGAGAUCCACAAUUUGUACAAGAAAAUGGAAGCUGGAAAGGGGGAUGGGAGGCAAUAGGAAUUAGUAGCUCGCCCUAAGCUCAUCCUCCAAAAUCUUUGGUGAAAUUGCGUUAAGUUGAAUUAAUUAAUUACUAUAUCUCUUUGGUUGGGAGUGUUUAUUUUGUAAUAAAUUUUCAAUUGCUUUAGGCUUUUGCUAUAGUAGUUCGAUUUCGAGUGUUUAGUUUUGUAUAACCUAAAUGAAAUUAUGAAUUUUUAUUAGAAAAUUUUAUUAUUUCAUUUAGUACUCCAUUAAAUGACCCAGAUCUCAUAUGAAUAUCAUGUGUUUUUCAUCAAGUGCAUGUCGAUAAAUAAUUCAUGUAAUCAAGGAUUUUGCAAUUACAUACAUGCGGUUUUUCGAUUCUAUAUUCUACUGAUAUUUUGUGUAUUAA